UGUUUGUGUGUAUUGUAUUAACACUCGUACAGAUUUUGGGGUGACCGAUUUUGGGAUGGAGGCGGAAUCGCCGGGGGACACCCCGGAUGCAAUGGAUACGUCAGUGACCCAAGAGAGAAGUAGGAAAAGAAAUGCUGAACCGAUAAAUCAAAAUACAACCACAAAGCGAGUUAUCACUAGCUCAGAUAAUGAAACUGCAUCGACUGAGAACGUGUACACUCACCCUUCCCUCACUAUUCUAGACAGAACGUAUGGUCCCAACGACUUGGGUCCGUUCAUUGUCCACAUCACACGAAUCGAACCUGAUCCGGCAGCCGGAUUAUCUCUAAGACCUAUCAAAAUUGGACUUCUUCUCACUAAGAACAACAUUGAGAACAUUGUUCGUGAUGGUGUUAAGUCAGUAGGUAGAAAUAGAGUUUCAAUCGAAUUUAAACGAGGUGAGGAUGCUAACACAUUUCUACAGCAUAAAUGCCUAAAUGGUUGUAAGCUUAAAGCUAGUAUCCCCGCUUUCAACGUUACAAGAAUGGGUCUCGUCAGAGGCGUUCCUAAGGAGUGGUCCAUGGUGGAACUCGUAGAAUCUCUGGAAUUACCCGAGAACUGUGGUAAAGUCCUCAAAGCGAGGAGACUUAACCGCAAAAUAAUUAAUGAAGGUACUCCAUCUUGGGUACCUACUCAAUCUGUUGUCCUCACAUUUAGUGGUCAAGUUUUGCCAAAACAUAUAUAUGCAUACUAUACAUUAAUGGUUGUUGAAAAAUAUCUCUUACCCACAAUACAGUGUCACAGCUGCUGUAGAUUUGGCCAUGUUAAAUUACAAUGCAGAAGUAAACCCAGAUGUUUCAAAUGUGGUCAGGAACAUUUUGGAGAAAGCUGUCAGUUAACAGAAAACGCUUUGUCCUGUGUCCUGUGCACAGGCAAACAUCAGGCUACAUAUAAAGACUGCCCAGAACACCAACGCCAACGCAACAUUAAAAUAAUGAUGUCAGAAAAUAAUAUAUCAUAUAUUGAGGCCGCAAAUAUAGUUCCCCCAGUGCGCAAAGCUUACUCCUAUGCUGACAUCUCGGCCACAAUGUUCGCCCCAGUGCAGGAGAUUCCAUUAAAUAGACCUCCUGUACUGAACCCCAGCAAAUCCUAUAGGAAAACUACUUUCUCUUCACCACGCCCCAGACCGCCUCCCUCCAAAGGCUUCAACAAACAAGCUCAUAGCGCUAUUGUUAAUCCCCCCUCAUUUUCCUCACCCAAUGGAAGUGCGCUGCAUAAUCAAAUUAAGUUCUCCACAGAGGACCUCAUAGAAAUAGUAACAACCUUAAUUAAUAACUGUGUGCUGAAACCUCACACAAACAUACCGAACAACGUUGCUCAAAAAAUAGAAAAAUUUACUUCCCACUUUAAUGUUCAUAAUGGCUCAGAUAGUCCAAUGGAACAGCAGGAGUGUUAAAAAUAAAAAAGUUGAAAUAACCUCACUCAUAAAACACCACCAUCCCGUCAUAGUUGCCCUCUCUGAGACAUGGCUGAGGCCUGAGUCUUCUUUCAGAAUUCCGGGCUUCGCCUGUCUUCGGGAUGACAGACAUGAUGGACAUGGUGGUUGUGCACUACUCAUUAAAAAAUCCCUAGUAUAUUCUCAAAUUCCCCUGUCUAUAAAUUCACAAAAUAUUAACAUAGUUGCAGCUCGAAUUUUAAAUAAAACAUUUGUUUCUAUCUAUAUACCUUAUCCUAAUAAUAAUAUCAAAGAUGAAUUAGUAUCUCUGCUCCUUCAACUCCCUACACCUCUAAUCUUAUUGGGAGAUUUUAACUGCCAUCACAUCUCUUGGGGCUGCUAUUACAGUGACUCUUUUUCUAAUGUACUUAUUGAUAUAUUUGAUAGAAUUAAUGUGUGUAUACUGAACGAUGGAUCCCCAACUCGCAGGGUUUACCCUGGUCAAGAUCCUAGAUCAGCUGUAGACUUGUCAGCUUGCCCACCAGAUAUUGCCAUAUCAACAUCUUGGAAGGUCUAACAAGCGGUAUAUAUAAGAGCGGUCUCUACAAGAACUGAAAAGAAAGCGCAACGGAACAAACAACAUGAUGUCUUUUCCACUACGUUGACAUUGGCGGAAUUAUUGCGAAACAAUCGCAGUACAAAGUGCCAUAGACAAGAAAGAAGAAGAAAUA